CAAGAUACAUAUAUAUAAAAAUAUGAAUUGGUCUGAUAGCUCUCAGUAUUAUGAUCACAACAGACCAAGUGACAGCUGCUCGCACUCGAGUGGAGCACCGAACUCAGUAGUUUUUCUCCGACCCAACUACGCGCGUCCGCAGGGCCUCAGUGAGUGACCCUUAGUUUAACUCGAUACAUUUUCCAACGAUAUCCACCCCCAUGUCGGACCCGACGUGCACCAGCUCCUACGACGACAUGGUAGCUGAGCUCGUGUUCUUGAACAAUUUCACUACUUUUAAUGUGCAUCAGCACCACAGAAGAAGCAGAUGGAUUCGCAAAAGAGUUGCAAAGCUUUGGGACGUAUUAGUCAUCAUCCUUUGUCUUGCGAGUAUCGUCCGGCUGCCGUGUCCAACGAUGUCCGCACCGAUGUCCUCAGAGCACCAACGUCACGUCCGAAGUUCCUCGCCGGCCGAUCUGGGCCCGUCCAAAGACGCCAAGUGGAUAAAGCCAUGCGGCAUGAACAACGGUGACCCUGAAGAUGACUCAAGUCUCGGCGCCGACGCGGACCCCGAAAUGGCCAUUGCCGAGAACGAGUUGCUUAAUAAUAUAAUCCUGCUGGCCCGAACGGCCCAAGGACAGGCCCACCGAUUCCGGGAUGGCUAUGUGAAAAGCACGUUCAACGUGGACUUUGUGCAGCACCACGAAACGUGGAAGGAUUUGCAUUACAGCUGGCUUCCAUCGAUGGAGCAAAUUCCAAAGAACCUAGGAGAGUCUACUCCUGUGAAUCAUUUGCAAAACCUGGAGCUACCUAAAGCUCUCCAGGACUCUUAUAAGUUCCUUCAGACGUUUGCUGUUGGUCUUGAGCAAGUAGUUUGGGACCAAGAAGAUGGAAGUGGCUUCAAAGCUGAUUUUCAAGCCACGGAAUACAGUCUCAGAUCUGUGCUGUGCGAAAUCCAUGCAGCAAUGAUUGAGCGCGGUGUCAAGCAACACGCCGACAUCACGCGAGACAUUAUGAGCCGCGAGUUUCGCAAUAUGAGCAAAGGCAACUCGUCGGUGCGCAACCUGCGAGAUUGGUUCAUAUUCCGCGACUACAUGAACGGGCUCGAGUAUGUGAUCGAUGUCUUCGAGUAUUUUAUCAACAAGGCUGUCUCAUGAAAAGACGGCCGUGCCACCAAACUCCUGCUCGUGUGCUGCUAACUGUCCCAAAGACUUUGGAAAAUCGACAAGAUUCGAAGAGAUGACACGAUCUGCAAAACGCAGGCAGUCAGAGUUAUGGAUCAUAAAGAAAAUCCAAAGAAAAAUCGCACAUAAUCGUCCUCCUGAUGCGAGGAUUUUCUCUCAGUAUUCAUAGUGUCCUUUAAUUUGAACGCGUGACCGUGUAAAUGCGGUGUACAAUAAUUUGUUUAGUUUUACAAUGCUGGCCAGUGAGAAAAGCUAAGAAAUUAAUUUAUUGACCUUGUUAAUAUUCUUAACCCUCAUAAGUAAUUUAUUCGCUUACUGUUGUAUAAAUGUUGUAUAUUAUUACACACUGAAGGUAUUAUAUUGUUGUGAAAAUAGAUAACAAUGGAUGAUCUUCACGCCAGUAGAAACUUUUAGGAAGCAAUUUAAUAUACACUUAUACUCUUGGUCAAGAGUUAAUUGAUGUCUAUCCAGUUGUACAGAGGACUCGCACUUAUUCAGUGUUUAUAAUAUUCAAAGCAUUGUUGUUGUGAAAAGUGUGGCAUUUUCUCCUCUUGAAUUUCAAGUGCAUUUAGAUUUGCAGUCUGCCAAUCCAUCUAAUAAGUGUUCAAUGAGCUAUUUCAAGGUACAAUUACCUGAAGAUCAAUCGAUUUCUUGUUGUUGCUGAUCUGAUAAUAACUUGUAAGCAGAAAAAAAACGAUGGCCAUAACUAAUGUAAAUUGUUUGAUGACUGUGUUGCUUCACGCUUGCAAUUUGACUUGAUUGGUUGAUUUGAAAUUUGGGAGACAUGCGAAAGUAAAUCCGAGAUGUCGGAUGUACUUUCACGGUUGACACCACUCAAGCUUGCGUGAUUGGGUUUCACUGGACCUAUAUCAAAAGCCCUCUGUGUCAUCCGCAAGGAGGACAUGGAAAUUUCGCAAUUUUUUCUCUGAUCAAUAUUCACUUACGCGGCACUAGUAUAAUAUGUACAGAGUAAUUUGUUUUGCUGUGUUAAUCUGCGGUUAAGCAAAUUAAAUAGCUUUUGAUGAUGUAAUUUAUUGUACACGUGUCACUAUAUCCUGUAAUUUUUGUCGAGUUGUGCUUUUAUUUCUAUCUUAAUUUAUUGAACAAUCCGCAGACGUGCCAUUCAUCAAAACAGGAUAUGUCCGUAGUAUCUCGUGCGAUUUUGCAUAAUGAAUUCGAAUUUUAUGCUUUUGGAGUUUUUUUUAAUCUGUGAUAUAAUUGGUAAAUUAUCUUCUGUAGCAGUUUUAAUUUGAUCGCUAUGAACCUUUGACUAUUUCAAAUUCAAAACUCGUUUAGGGAGCAAGAAUUUUGAUAGAUGUACCUUGUGGUAAAAUUGCGUAAAAAUGGUUCCUACUAGAAGGUUUUGAAUGUUGACUCCCAAAUUGUCUAUUCGAUUUAGAGAAUAGCAAAGACGUAUAUUGUGUCGCGUGUAUUGCGAUGAUUAGCGAGCGCAAGCAUAUCAUGUGAACCAUUAUAUGAUAAAUAAAAUAAGCACAUAUCAGA